AUGAGAAACCUCACCUCACCCGUCGGAAAUGGUGGUCGGAGGAGAGAGUUCGAGCGGCUGGAAGUUCCUGUCAAAUCCUGCGAUGUUUCUGCAUUUUCCGGCGAAACUCAAGGGUUCCAGGAGCUGUGCUGGCCGGGGAAGAGAGAGGAGAAGGUGGUGGUUCGAAUGGGACCGGUCUCGAGGGUUGAGGUGGCCGGACGUGAUGGCUGUGAGGGUUUUUCUGGCUCGGCUCGACCCUUACAGAAGGUCCUCACCUUCUCCACUGUUGAAGGUUUGGCUGUUGGUGGAUUUUCCGUGAUGGUAAUCAUUCUUUGUAUAUGCAUAUUGUGGAAGCAAAAAAUGGUCUUAUUCGUCAAGAAAGAUAAGAGGGAUGAGUUUGAUGUUAAGGCAUUUAUAAGGAACUAUGGAUCGCUUACUCCAAAGCGGUAUACCUAUGCAAAUGUCAAGAAAAUGACAGACUCUUUCAUAGACAAACUAGGUAAAAGUGGAUAUGGAAUUGUGUACAAAGGCAGGCUACCUGAUGGGCUUCUGGUGGCGGUCAAAGUCCUAAGCGAGUCCAAGGGUAAUGGAGAAGACUUUGUUAAUGAAGUUGCUAGCAUUGGUAGAACCUCCCAUGUCAACAUAGUCACUCUUUCUGGAUUCUGUUAUGAGGAGGACAAACGAGCUUUGAUUUAUGAAUACAUGCCUAAUGGAUCUCUGGAUAAUUUCAUACAUAAGUACAGAUCUAGAAUGGCAAAUUUUCUCUUAGAAUGGAAAACACUAUCUGAAAUUGCAGUUGGUAUUGCGUGA